GGGUUUCUCAUCUCACUUAGACAAAGCAGAAAAACGGUUUUUGGCUUUUCGCCGUAAGGACAGGACCCACACCAUGAUAUCUUCCCUUGGAGUCCUGCUGAUAUUAUUGCUCACACAACUGCCGUGGAUUCAAGCUGACUGCAGCAACAACGUCUUGUUCUUACGACAUCCUAACGAAGCUCUCUUAGGUCAUGUGAUCAAGACUAUUGAAGAGAAUUACAUGACGUGCAUCGAGAAGUGUAUAGAAACAAAUGGCUGUCGUUCUGUUAACUUCUGUCGAGACAACAACGGAAAGGAAACGUGCGAGUUGAACAGAUCAUCCAAAACCCUUCGACCUGACUCCAUUGUCUCUUAUUCCAGCUGCGAGUAUAACGAGAUAACGAGGAGAGACGACUGCACGUCACAAGUCUGCCUGGACAAACACCUCAGUGACAGGCACAGGUUCAAUUCAUCUUUGUUCCUCUUGGUGAAGGACCGAAUGACGUGGAACGAGGCACGGAUAUUCUGUCAAUCACUUCAAGGAGACUUGGCAUCAAUUGCGAGUCAGCAAGAAAAACAUUCUAUAGACUCGACACUUUUGCCGGCUACUCCACAAGGAAACGUAACAGAAACUAAACUGCUUGGUUUAUGGAAGCUGGAUGGUACGGACGCCGAUCAAGAAAUAAGAUUCCACGGCAAAGCUCAAAUCAAGUCUGUUGAUGGAUACAAAGCUUUGUACCUUGAUGGAAAGAACACAAGCUUCGCCACCACGCCUACCAUGGGCUUGCUCAGACGUAGCUUCAGUAUCGGGGCCUGGGUCAAGCUCCUAAAACCAGCCUCUUCUGGUCUUAUCUUUGGUGACUGGUCGUCAACUUAUCAGUUCUCUGUACUGGUGAAUGACAAUGGUACUGUUUCUGCGCACGUUCAUAUUGAUCCCGACGUGUUUGUUCAAGUGAACUACAGCUCGAUCCCUUUCAAUGUUUGGGUUCACGUGAUGUUUUCCUGGGCUAAAAAUCUCAGGGCUUUGCACAUCCGAAUCAACGGUAAACAGAAGGCUUUACAAAUAGUUCCAGGCAAUUUUAGCAUCAAAAGGCUUAUAAAAAGAAGUACACAGAACUACUACAUUGGACUUGAAAGAAACAGAAGUACUGUCUUUCACGGAUACUUAAGAGAGUUGGCUGUUUAUUUCUGGAGUGCUGAAGAUGACAUCAUUGCCGCCAAACGAAUUGGGAGAUGGGACAAAUUUAAUGGCGUGUGGAUUGGCCUAAACGACUUGAACAAAGAAGGAAACUUUGUAUACAGCGAUGGGUCAGAAGUGACCUACAAGAACUGGAAUAAAGACGAACCGGAUGAUUUUGCAAAUUUUCAAGAUUGUGCGGCUAUUUUACUUUCAAACGAUAAAUAUUCCUGGUCCGACCAACCUUGCGGGCUGGAACUGCCCUUCAUUUGCCGUAAAAAGGAAUAGACGUCAUUUGCAUGCGGUUAAACUUUUUAUCAUUUAAUAUCUUUAAUUUAUAUAAGACACUUUGUUUGGAGACCAGCUCUGUUGUAAUCCAAGAGAUAGUCCUACUGCAUGAAACAAUCAUUUAUAACAACAUGAUAAAAAUCAUUUAUUUAUAAUGUGUUCAAGGUGAUUUGGAAUCUAGGCGCGCAAUACGCUUUGUUUGUGGCAGCGAAGAUUUCUAAGCAUUUUCCCACGUCAACAACAAACUCAAAAUGUGCUGACUUUUAAAUGACAUUUGGUGAGUUUUCUACCAAUGAGAAUUUUCUUUAUUUUCGGGUGAAAGCUGCAUGCUGUUUUCUCAAGCCGAAAACCCGGAAUUAGGAAAUAUCGAGUAACGAACAAAAGGCCUUGGUCAUAGAGAUAGAGAGACUGAAAAUAUACCUGAAUAAUUAGUCAACGACUUUACAAAAAUAUCCCGUUAUUACAGUUAAUGUACUAAAAAAAGCAUGUAACGCAAUAACGUAAAGCUUUGUAAUAAAGAUUUCUUUCUUUUC